GUUGAUGUUGCGUCUCCGCUUUCCGCCAUCUUGGAAAUUUUGCAACAAAAAAGUGGUUACCUCCCUUGAGACUUGGUCAGUCUAUAUAUCGGAUAUUCUCACUUAACGAGCAACAACGAGAAUGUGAACUAUCUCUGCAAUACAACUGGCUGACCCGACCCAAUUAAUAUUUUUGACCCGCUUGAGCCUCAUGUCGUACGAACAAAACUACAAAAAAGAAGAUUUAGAUCUACCAAAGGUGCGCCAAAAAAAAAGAGAUUGUGCGACUUCAAUGGAUAGAAACCACAUGAUAUUCAACAAGCAGAACCGGAUCAAGCAUGUGUUCGAGGCGAAGGGCAUCCCGUUCGAGGAGAUUGAUCUCUGCCAGGACCAAGAGGCCCGCGAGAUCAUGCGAGAAAAGGCGGGAAUUCCAGACCUACUUCCGCCCGCAAUCUUUAAUGACGAUAAAUACUGUGGGGACUUCCAGCAGUUUGAGGAUUCAGUGGAGGACAAUACGUUGAAAGUCUUCCUGAAGAUGGAGUGACGUUGCUAGGAAACUGUGACUAAGCUUGUUUCCAAAUAAAGGUGCUACCAUGCCGAUUAAAACAGUUCAUCGAAUGUCUUCUGUGUUGUGUUUGUUGCGUUUUAUAAUGUCUUUUUAAAGUAAAUAUACUGUUAAUUAGUUACAUGCUUAUAUUGUUUUGCGAUGUAAUAUUGGAAAAUGCUUCUUUAUGUACCAUCUGUCAAAUAAGCUUGGUAGAAGGCCAGUUUGCAGUUGGAACGAUGCUUAAUAUUAAGCAAUAAAAAUAUGAGGCAGUAAUCACGGCUCAUCGUAAGACGUAGAAAAUAAUUUCAAUCGACGUGAAAUUUGUGUUUAACGUGUUUAUUUUUGUUAUUAAUAAAAUUUUACGUUAAGACGAUUAAACCACUCCGUACAUCAGCAGUACAGAAUACUAACAAGUGUAUAUUUUAUGCGUGCUUCUAAAGUGUAUCUUUGAGAUGUUAUGAGGCUUUUUUGUUAUUUUCUGCAAUAAUUGACCUCAUGCCGCUUUCUUUGCCCAUUUCAGCGGUAAUAUAGUGUACAGUGUAACUAUGAUAGUGUUUAAUGUUCAGAUUUAAAUGUAUAUACAUGUACCUUUAGUAGGCAACAUGUCCAAAUAAGAAACAGUUGAUAUUGAAUAGGAAGGUCUAGUUACAUUUCAAAUUAUGUUUGUUGACUUAAUAUACACCGAAAAAAGUUCGUACUAAGCAGAGGUUCGCUAUUUUACGUUAUAUUGAUAUAAAUGUGAAUAUGUAUAAAGCGUCAAUAUUUCAAUUUUAGUUUUUAGUCGGUGUUAAAGGCUAAUAAAGUUUGCUCACUUGAUAAUUUCUGCUCAAUUGUCACUAAGAGGAGAAAACGGCGAAUUACAAAAAAGUUGCAAAAAUAUGUUCCUUUUGAACGUAUUACAUACAACUUUGAAGAUCACCAAAUAACCUGUACAUCUUCGUUUGUAUAACGUUGUUCUGUUUCAACAAUAAACUUGUGCCAAAAUUGUGUGUUGAAAUAUGCAUAUAUUUAUCUCUUUUGUUUUUUAUUUCAUUUUGCUUGUGUUAUUCAAUGUCGUUCGUUUUAUUCUGCUCUGUGCUUCAACUCAUAUGCAUUGUUGUUGAACACGUUUAUAAUAAUUAUACAUUUUGUGAAGAGUACUUAUGUUUUUGUGUAUUUAUAUUAACAUUAAGAUGCCUAUACACUACAGUAAGUAAAAUAAAUGAAUACAAAAUUAUAA